AUGAGCGACUACUCGUCGAGUUCAUAUAGUUCAGCACAUGGUGCUUACCCUCUAGAUCUUCCGACGAAUUGCGGAUGUUGGUGUGGUAACGAUAUCAUCACAUACAUAUCGAAGACAAAGGAAAACCCUUACCGUAUCUUCUAUAGAUGCUCGAUUGCUUUGAAGAGGCCGAAUGAAUCGCAUUUCUUCAAAUGGGUUGAUGAGGCAUCGGUUGAAGAAAUUAAGAUGGUCGACGAAAAGGUAAAGAGAAUAGAAGAAGAUGUGACAGACUUAAGGCAUAAUGUUACUCAAAAUUUAUAUCUUCAAAAAGAAAUGUUUGACAAGCUUGAGGAAGAACUGGGUAAGAAGCUUGAGGAAAAAUUGAUGAAAAAGAUUGAGGAUGAUAUGGGUAAGACAGCUUUUAGGACAAUUUGUCUACUCUCUGUAAUAGGAAUCAUAAUUGUAUGGCUAUGGGAGAGAAUGUAA